AUGGCUGAGUUGUUAUUUGUACCGUUAAAAAAAUCUUCGGACAUAGAUAUAGUGAAGCCGUUGAGAAAUCUCAUCCACUCUACAUAUAAUACCGGAGAAAGCAAUGAAGACUACACCGAUGCCCUUAACGAAUUGAGCCGCCUCAGAGCCAACGCUGUUUGGAAAGUAUUCGAAAAGACGUCGCUGGACAUAAUCUACAGCUAUUAUGACCAGUUGGUGUCACUGGAGUCCAAGAUCCCGCCUCAGGAGGUACAAAUUCCAUUUAAGUGGAAGGAUGCUUUCGACAAGGGCUCCAUCUUCGGAGGACGGAUGAGUCUCACUAUUAGCUCCCUGGCUUACGAACGCAUGUGUAUCCUGUUCAACAUGGCGGCGAUGCAGAGCACUUUGGCCUCACAGCAGCAGCUCGACACCGAGGACUCGCUCAAACUCGCGGCCAAGCUUUUCCAGCAAGCCGCCGGCAUCUUCUUAUACCUGAAGGCGAACAUAAUGAUGGCCGUGCACCAGGAGACCACGCCCGACCUCAACCCAGAGACGCUGGACGCGCUCGCCAAGCUCAUGCUGGCGCAGGCGCAAGAGGUCAUCGCCUACAAGUGCAUUAAAGACGAGAUGAAGGAGAGCAUGGUGGCGAAGGUGUGCGCGCAGUGCGAGGAGCUGUACACGGACGCGUGGCGCGCGCUCAACAAGGACCAGCUCAAGCCGCUCUGGGACCGCGACUGGCUCUCUAUCGUGAGCGCCAAGCAGAGCGCGUUCCGCGGGCUGGCGCAGCUGUACCAGUCGCUGGUGUGCCGCGCCAACAAGGCGGUGGGCGAGGAGAUCGCGCGGCUGACGGUGGCGGAGGAGCAGCUGAAGCACGCGCAGUCUCGCGUGGCCGUGCCGGGCUACCUGCAGGAGCACGUGACGCGCGCCGCACGCAAUCUCGCCUCCGCCACCAAGGACAACGACUUCAUCUACCACGAGCGCGUGCCCGAGGCCGCGCAGCUCGAGCCCAUCGCGCGCGCGUCCAUCGCCAAGCCGCUGCCGCCGCAGGACAAGUGGGCCAGCGGCGGACGAGAUCUGUUCGGAGGGUUGGUGCCGAUGGCCGUGCACCAGGCGCUGCAGACCAGCAGCGCGCGGCGCGCAGAGCUGGUGUCGGGCGAGAUCAACAAGCUGCGCGAGGCGACGCAGCUGCUCAACAGCGUGCUGGCCUCGCUCAACCUGCCGGCCUGCCUGGAGGUGGCGGGCCCCGCGCUGCCCGACGCCAUCCGCAGCAAGGCGGCCGCCGUGCGCGACGCGGGCGGGCUCACCGAGCUCACGCGCCUCAUGGCCGAGUUGCCCGAACUGCUGCAGCGUAACAAGGACAUCCUCGAUGAGGCGGAGCGCAUGCUGCGCGAGGAGGCGGAGGCGGACGCGACGCUGCGCCAGCAGUUCGGCGCGCGCUGGUCGCGCACCGAGUCCGCCAAGCUCACCGAGGCCUUCCGCGUCAACGCCGACAAGUACCGCCAGAUCAUCGACAACGCCAUCCGCGCCGACAACAUCGUGCAGCAGAAGUUCCAGCAGCACAAAGAGAACAUCGCAUUGCUGUCGAGCUCGGAGGGCGAGAUCUCGGCGGGCGUGCCCGACGCGCCGGACGGCCCGACGCCGGGCUCGGACGCGGACGCCGUGCGGCAGCUGCGCGGUCUCAUGGAGGAGGUCGAGACGAUGAAGGCGGAGCGCGACGCGAUCGAGGCCGAGCUGAAGGACGCCACCGUGGACCUCAAGGACAAGUUCCUGGCGGCGCUCGCCGCCGACGGCGCCCUCGACGAGCCGUCGCUAUCGGCCGCCGCGCUCGGCGCGGCGCUGGCCCCGCUGCAGCGGCAGGUGGGCGACACGCUGGCGCGCCAGGCGGCGCUGGUGGCGCGCGUGCAGACGGCGGCGGGGGCGCUGGCGGCCGCGCGGGGGGGGGCCAGCGGCCGCGACGUGGCGCUCGGCCGCCUCUGCGCCGCCGCAGACGCCUUCCAGGAGCUCACCGCCAACCUCAACGAGGGCAUCAAGUUCUACAACGACCUCACUCAGCUCCUGGUAGCGUUCCAGAACAAGGUGUCGGACUUCUGCUUCGCGCGCAAGACCGAGAAAGACGAGUUGCUCAAGGACCUCACGCAGGAGGCGUCGCGCGGCUCCGUGCGGCCCGCACCCGCGCCCCCGCAACACCACAACGAGCCGGCCGCGGUGGCGCGCAGGGAGCCGCCGCCCCGCCCCCCGCCGCCCUCCGGCGCCCCCGCCUCCACCUCCGCGCUGCCCUACCCCUCACAACCGCAAGGCAUGCCGCUGCCGUACGGCGCGGUGGGCGCGGCUCCGUACCCGUACUACGCGGCGCCGAUGCCGGCGCUGUACAACCCGUACGCCACGCUGCCGUACCCGCACCACCAGCGCAUGCCGCCGCCGCAGCCCUACCAGCCCUACCAGUACCCCGCGCCGCAGCCCGGCCAGCCCUACCAGCAGCCGCCGCCCGCCGGCUACAACCCCUACCAGCAGUAG